AUGGCUCCCACAAUUCUCAUCAUCGGUGCCACAGGCAACACUGGCCAAGCCGUUGUUGAAACCCUGCCGAGGUUGCUUCAAUCAAGCAAGGCUUUGUCUGAGCACCGUGUCAUUGCUCUUACUCGUUCCUUGAAGAGUCCAGUUGCCCAAAAGCUUGCCAAAUUGCCUGGAGUUGAAGUGAUAGAACAAAACUGGGUUGAGAUCACCUCUGACUGGCUCCGUGAACACCAAGUAGCCAGAGCAUUCAUUGCCUCACACAAUGAACCGAAUCACUUCGCUGAAGAGUCUACAUUCCAGCUUGCUGCCUUGAACGCCGGUGUGAAAUAUGUCGUGCGAAUUUCAACCACUGCUGCGAACGUCCGCCCGGAUUGUGGCGCUUACUAUCCCCGUGCACACUGGGCGAUCGAAGCUCUCCUGGGCUCGCCCGAAUUCGCCAACCUGCAGUGGACUUCACUCCAGCCCAACAUCUUUACAUCUUUCUACCUUUUCAGCGCUGUGGAUUUUGUCAAGCAGUACCGCAAAACUGGAAAGCAAGGCACUCUCAAAUUGAUGGCGUCGAAGGAUGCGCCUGUCGGUGUGAUCGAUCCUUCCGAGAUUGGAGUCUUUGCUGCUCAUCUCUUGUCUCAAGAAGAUACCACUGUGCACAACAAGGCCAAGUAUGUUCUUAGUGGACCAGAGGAUAUUACUGGAAAGCAGGUAGUGGACUUGAUUGAACAGCACAUCGGUACAAAGGUUGAAAAUGUCAGCUAUCAAGACAUGUCAUUCCUUGACCAGAUGUACGAGUACCAGUAUGCGCCAAAAGGUCAAUCAAAAAACGUGAUCUACUCUGUCAAAUACGCCCCGGUGACCGCGUGGGAAGGAAAAUGCACAGCUUCUACCACGAGCAAGACAGUAUUGGAGAUCGCUGCACCCAAGAUUACACCUGCUGAGGUGUUGAAAAGCCUUUUGGAGGAGUAA